GAGAAAACGAGCUUUAGAAAUACUAAUGGACCAGUGCGUCUAAUUCUUCGUCCCAAUGGAAAACCCGGUGACGAGCAUGGUGUCUUCCCCAAGGGGUUAGCUGUGCCACGCGACUUCUUCUUCCCGGCUGCGUCUGCACCGCGUUAGACUGCGUACAUGUAGCUGGCAAAAGCACCAAGAACAAAUCCCUCAAGUAUUCACUCCGAAGAGGAGCAUUGGCUCCUAGGACGAGCCAAGCUGGGUCGCCAUGGGAUCAGUCGAAAGGCCUUGUCGAGAUCUGACCCGAGUCCUGGUUGCUAACCGUGGAGAAAUCGCUGUGCGUUUAAUUGCAACAUGCAAGAAACUGGGCAUCCGAGCGCUGGCAGUAUAUGUCGUCGACGAUGCAGACUCACCCCACGUGCGGGCCGCCGACGAGUCGUUUCUGCUCGAAGGACACGGAUCUCAAGGGUACCUGAGCACCGAGGAGAUUGUCCGGAUAUGUCAGCGGAAUGGCGUGCAGGGAGUCCUACCUGGCUAUGGCUUCCUCAGCGAGAACAGCGACUUUGCCGCAGCAUUGCACGCGGCCGGAAUCCUGUUCAUCGGGCCCAGUGCCACGACUUUGCGUGAUUUUGGCUUGAAGGACCGCGCGAGAGAACUGGCCGUGCGAGCCAAGGUGCCAGUUGUGCCUGGAACGCCGAUACUCGCCGGCUUCGACCAAGCCCGGCGCGCUGCAAUCGAGAUAGGCUACCCGGUCAUGGUGAAAGCGACGGCAGGAGGAGGAGGCAUGGGCCUGCAGGUCUGCCGACACGUGGACGAGCUCCGCAGGGCCGUCGACGUGGUGAAAAGUCGCGGCCAGGCGCUGUUCCAAAACGACGGCUUCUUCAUUGAGAAAUUCGUCGAGUCAGGCCGCCACAUCGAAGCCCAAGUCUUCGGCAACGGCCAGGGAGAUGUGUUGUUCUUCGGGGAGCGUGAGUGCUCGGUUCAGCGGCGGCAUCAGAAGGUUAUUGAGGAGGCGCCCAGCCCUUAUGUGCUGAAAAACCCGUCCUUGAGAAAGCGGCUCGAGAGUGCGUCCUGCGCCCUGGCAAAAUCCGUCAAGUACAAGUCCGCCGGCACUAUCGAGUAUCUGGUCGAUGAUGUGUCGGGAGAGUUCUACUUCUUAGAGGUCAACACUCGGCUACAAGUCGAACACGGCAUCACUGAAUUGUGCUACGACAUCGACCUGGUGGAAUUGAUGCUGCUACAGGCCGAAGAGGAGCUGCGAGGACGAGGCGGACUUUCGGCCGGCGCCAUGUCCUCCUUUUCCCGUGAGGGGCCUAAAGGGCACGCGAUCGAGGUCAGAGUGUACGCGGAAAAUCCAGCAAAGAACUAUCAACCGGCACCUGGACUGUUCCAGAAUGUGCAUUUCCCUACGGGCCAGGGUAUCCGCACCGACACCUGGAUCGGGACGGGUUCAUUUGUAUCGUCCCUCUUUGACCCUCUGCUUGCGAAGGUGCUUGUACAUUCGCAGAAUCGAGACCACGCCGUCGAAAAGAUGGUUGCCACGUUGACCCAGACGAAGCUGCAAGGUCCACCCACCAACCUUGACUUCCUGAUUCAAGUCUUGAACUGCGGUGACUUUGUGACCGGACGCACGACGACAGACCUACUAGACACUCGGUUCGAGUACAAGGCGUCCGCCAUCGAGAUUCUCGAACCAGGUACGGCUACCACCGUUCAAGACUGGCCCGGCCGAGUUGGAGUGCCAAAUGGAGUUCCCACUGCUGGCCCCAUGGACUCUCUCUCGUUCCGCGCGGCCAAUAUCUUGGUUGGCAACGAAGAAGGCGUCGAAGGUCUUGAGAUCACACUGCUAGGCCCGAAAAUUAAAUUUCAUGCCGGCGCCGUCAUUGCUCUCUGUGGUGCUCCGUUCAGCUUUAAGAUUAAUGGACGACCCGCUUCGCUAUGGGCGUCGCAUGCCAUUCCGGCGAACACUGAGAUUCAGAUUGGCCAAACUCCCGUGGGAGCACGCGCGUAUCUAGGCAUUCGGGGCGGGCUUCCCAACGUGGCGACAUACCUGGGAUCAAAGAGCACGACGCCAUCACUGGAGUGGGGUGGCUACCAAGGACGACGACUCCUAGCAGGAGAUUUCCUCUUUAUCGAUUCCGGUGUGGCGACCAGUGCACCCCCCCGGCCCUUUGAGCUCGAUCGCUCAGCGAUCCCCGAGUUCAGUCACGAAUGGCAGAUUGCUGCACUCCCUGGACCUUGGUUUUCGAACGAGUUCCUUACCACCAAGGGGCAGGAACACCUUUACACGGCGACUUACAAAGUGUCCUACAACUCAAGCCGAACGGGAAUCCGUCUCGAGGGACCGCCGCCUACGUGGGGUCGACGGGACGGUGGCGAGGGAGGGAGUCAUCCCUCCAACAUGGUGGGGUUUGGGUGCACGGUGGGGAGUGUGAGCUUCACAGGUGAUUCGGGCAUCAUUCUUCCAGUAGACGGACCAAACCAGACGGGAUUCAUCGUUACCCAGGUCGUUGGGGGAUCGGAUCUGUGGAAGUUGGGUCAACUGCGACCGGGGGACUCGCUCACAUUUGUCCCAGCGACCUGGGCCCAGACACUGUUGCAAGAGCAAAAGCUCGGCGAAUUCGUAUCGUCCAUUCGAUCCCAAGUCAAAUCUGGAGUGGCUCGCAAGACGGAGGAGGCGCUGAUUGCGGGUCUUCUCUGCCCGCAAAGACCUACAAAGUAUGGGGAUGGGAUUCUCGCCACUGUUCAGGGUGAAAAGGAUCGGCCUCGGGUUGUCCUCCGCCAGGCCGGCGAGAGAGCCAUAUCCUGUCUCUUUGGUCCGGGGACGUUUGACCUGGGUAUACGAGCCAGAAUACAACACGUGGCAAAUACUAUCCGCAACGAUCCACCGUUGGGAUUGGGCAAGCACCCGGUAGCGGAAAAUUGUUCGCUUCUGGUCCACUUUGAUCCGCACCAAACCACUCAAGACACCGUGGUGCAAACAAUCCUUGCGUUGAACAAGGCAGUGCCCGAUGUGAGAGCGUCGCGGAUCCCUAGCCGGAUCAUCCACCUGCCUGGGGUCUUCGACGCUAAAGAAUGUCAAGAGACGAACGAGAGAUACAUGCUGAGUCAGAGAUCCAAAGCAGCCUACUUGCCCGAUAGUAUAGAUUUUAUCCGGCGGAGCAACGGACUGAAGACGAGAGAACAGGUCAAGGAGUCGUAUUUUGAGAUUCCACUUCUGAUCAAUGCCGUUGGUUGGAUGAUGGGACUCCCCAUUUAUGUCCAGGUCGACCCGAGGCGUCGAUUGGUGGUACCGAAGACCAAUCCGUCACGGACGUUCACCAAAGCCGGCUGUCUCGGGACCGGUGGGGGGACAUCCUCCAUCUAUCCAAAUGACUCGCCUGGCGGGUAUCAGCUCUGGGGCGCGACCAUCCCGGGCAUCUGCUGGGACACGUAUGGUCAGAAACCCGGCUUCACUCCUGAACGGCCGUGGUUGUUCGAAGCAUUUGAUCAGGUGAUAUUCCACUCGGUGAACCGAGCCGAGUUUGAUGCGGCCAUCAAUGCGUUCAAGGCCGGUCGAUACCACAUCCAGAUCGAGCAGUCAGAUUUUGAUAUGGCUGCGUACAACGCAUUGAUUGAGCAAACACGCGAAGAGGUGGCACGUAUGAAGAAGGUUCAGGAAGAGUGCACCGAGCGAGAGUUGGCUUUGGAGAGGGUGCUGUUUGCGGAGUGGAAGGCCGACGUCGACCGGGCAGCAGAGGCCAAGGAGAAGGAGAAGAAAUGCAGAGCUUCGAUGGUGCCAGAUGCGGCCUUGGUCGAAGUCCCAGCCACGAUGAUUUCAAGCGUGUGGAAGGUAGAGGUCUCGGUCGGGGAUAUCAUCCCAGCCAACAGGACGGUUGUCGUGCUCGAGGCCAUGAAAAUGGAGAUUGCGGUACAUGCGCCCUCGGGAGCUGCCGAGUACAAGGUGGCGAACAUCUCGCGGGAGCCCGGGGAGCGGGUGGAAACAGGAGACGUGCUCGUGCUGCUGCAGAAGUUGCCAUAAGGCUCAUAGCAUAGAUGCUGCCAGAGACGGCGAAAAUCCCGUCGAAAUUGGGAUG